CCUCUGAAAAUCUGUACUUUGGAUUUCGAAACAAGAAGCUUUAUUUUCYUGGCAGAUUUUGAUAGAAAAUUGGACUUAUUUUCGAUAGGAUUGACACUUAGAAAUCACAGAAUAGUUUGUUAUCGAAAUGGUUGUUUUAUAUCCCCCGUUGAGGUGUAUUUUUCGUUAAAAAUGGGCUCUUGUCCUAAUGUCUACACUACGCCGACGAACCAGGUCGAACAGUGAAGACCAAGACAACAACACAAAAACCAGCGUUUAUUCAWCCACAAACCAAGUGGUUAACUCRGCUUCGGAUAUGACAUCAUGUAGAGAAAGGACACCGGAGUUUCUCUCCGCUGUUACAUCCAUCAGGACACGUCAGGGGUCGCCCUUUGCAAGUCAAAAGCAUCAAGCUUUAAAUGGUGUACAUUCACAGAAAAGUCAGUUCUUCUUGAUUGCCAAACACAUAGGCCAUGACAUCAGUAAUACAUUUUCCAAGCUGGAAAAAUUGGCCAUUUUGGCCAAGAAAAAGUCUCUGUUUGAUGAUAGGCCCAUGGAAAUCCAAGAGCUCACAUACAUCAUCAAACAGGAUAUUAACAGCUUGAAUCAGCAAAUCACACAGCUCCAAGAGCUUGUGAAAUCAAAUAGUCAGUCUGAGGGAAAACACCAGCAACACCAUUCAAAUACAGUUGUAUUAACUUUGCAGUCUAAACUUGCAACCAUGUCAAAAGACUUCAAGUCAGUGUUAGAAGUAAGAACUGAGAAUUUAAAGCARCAAAGAGAGAGACGAGACAAGUUCUCACAGGGCGGUGUAUCUGACAGCAUCACAACUGCCUCUAUGCCUGGUAGCUCUGUUCUUCAGAGAUCAAGAGCAGCCCCUCCAGCACCGAUGGGUGGGGAUGUUGCUAUUGACAUGGGUGGAGCUGACAGCAGCCCACUUAUGAAUGAAAUGAACCAAAUGCAAAUCAUGGAUGAGCAGGACACUUAUAUAAGAAGCAGAGCUACAGCCAUGGAAAGUAUCGAGUCCACCAUUGUUGAGCUCGGUAGUAUAUUUUCUCAACUGGCCAACAUGGUCAAAGAACAAGAAGAACAGAUACAAAGAAUUGAUUCUAAUGUUGAAUCAACUGAAAUGAAUGUGGAGGCAGCCCAUGGGGAGAUUCUCAAGUACUUCCAGUCAGUCUCAUCAAAUCGCUGGCUUAUCAUCAAGAUCUUCCUUGUUCUCAUAGUGUUCUUUGUGAUAUUUGUUGUAUUCAUGGGUUAGGGAAUAAUUAUUAUCAAGGUGGUCAAAACUUGACCUUAAUGGGAGGGAGAUAGAAGAUGUAUCUCAACAUCGUGAUAGCUAUCCUGGUCACAAAUUAUUUACUGAAUGAAAAAAGAAAAGACCUGAAUAUUAUUCCAACAAUCCUUGGUUGCCCAGCCCUUAGUCAACCUAAAGUAUCACAGAGAAACCAAACCCUGCUAUAUUAUUAAAUCUUAAUAACUAUCCGAAAAAAUUGUAAAAAUAUCUUGUAGAUAAUUCUAAUAGUGUCUUCUGUAUGGUGACUUAGAAUAAUAAUGCAUUUACCUGAUGAAAAA